CAAGGUAAAAAUAGCGACGUCUUGUAACCCUAGCCAAGAAUUAGUCCUACCUACACCUCUGUCUUCGCCAUCUACCUAUCCAGAGGGACUAGAGUCUAACAGUGAUCGAGCAAUGGCAGUACUACCAAUUGAACGACGUCAAAUCAUUUUUGUCGGUGACGGCGAUAACGACGGGAACAAUUACGUCGUCGCCUGGCACAUUAUCCUCGGCCUCAUCCUAGCCGCUGUUGCACUCUUCCUCCUUCUCGCAUUGAUCCAUGCCCGGAUACGUGCGAGUCGGAACCAAUCUCUCUAUCGCUACCACCGCUGGAUGGUGCCAUCCUACGUCUACCAAACCCACCCACCCCCGCAAUACACCGUACACCCACCUCCUGGUCCACCUCCCAUGGGACCACAAGGUGCUGGGUAUAGGUAUACGGGGUAUGGUAUGGCAAGUCAUGCACAGAGUCAGACGGCGUUGCAUCCGGAGCAGUAUGAGAUGGGAGCGUAUGCAGCAAGUGGAGGGGGGGGAGUUGCGAGUCCGCCGCCGGCGUAUACGGGGUUCAGGAGGGGGAAGGACGAGAGUGGGGUUACGGGUAGGGAGUAUGUUGUAUGAGACGCGACACGGGAUGUCUCUACAUUGCCCACAAUCCAGAUUUCAGGUGGAGCAGAA